CGCGCAUGCGCAGUUACCGCCAUGGCGCCGCUCCGAGUCCAUGUUCUUUACUGCGGAGCCUGAGGCUACAAACCCAAGUUUGAGAAGCUGAAGCGGGAGCUGGAGCGGCGCUUCCCGGGAGCCCUGGACGUGAGCGGCCAGGGCACCCCGGAGGUGACGGGAUGGUUUGAGGUGACCGUGGGGGGACACCUGGUCCACUCCAAAAAGAACGGCGAUGGCUUCGUGGACAGCGACCCCAAACUGCGCAGGAUCGUGGCCGCCAUCGAGUCCCACCUCGCCUAGGCCCCGCUAGGGGGGCGCUGUCGCGACGUGUCGCGAUAUAGCGCCAGAUAUCGGCGGGUAUAUCGCGAUAUAUUGGGAAAUAUGGAUGGAUAUCGCGAUAUAGCGGGAAAUAUCAAUGAAGUCACAAUACAGCGCCAGAUAUUGGCGGAUAUAUCGCGAUAUGUCGGGAAAUAUUGAUGGAUAUCGCGAUAUAGCGGGAGAUAUUGAUGGAUACCACGAUAUAUCGGGAAAUAUGGAUGGAUAUCGCGAUAUACCGGGAGAUAUUGAUGGAUAUCGCGAUAUAGCGGGAGAUAUGGAUAGAUAUCACGAUACAGCGGGAGAUAUGGAUGGAUAUCGCGAUAUAUCAGGAGAUAUGGAUGGAUAUCAUGAUAUAGCGGGAGAUAUGGAUGGAUAUCGCGAUAUAUCAGGAGAUAUGGAUGGAUAUCGCGAUAUAUCAGGACAUAUCCCCGGAUUUUGCGAUGUAUCCGGAGAUGGCCCCAGGUAUCGCGAUAUAUCGGGAAAUCCAGCGACGUAUCGCGAUAUAUGGGGAAAUCCAGCGACGUAUCGCGAUAUAUCUGCCGAUAUCGGUCGCUAUCGGGACACGUCGCGACAGCGCUGACCCCCCCGGCCCCCGCCCCCCCCCGCGCUCCAUGACGGGAAUCGCCGAAACGCCGCCGGCACCGGGCGCUGCCCUGACCCCGCGCGGGGGGACACCGGGGCUGGGGGGGCCAGAGCCCACCCUGAACCCCCAAAUCCCACCCCGAACCCCACCCCA